AUGAGCAGUGCUGUAUUCUGGUUUAAUAAUAUCGAUAAUUCAACUAACCGUGAAUCAUCAACAUCAACAUAUAGAAUCGAACGCCGGCACAUCAGAGAUCGGUCUAACCCCCUAGAUCUUCCGCCCAACACGUUUGUGCAAUAUUUUCGGGUCAAUAAAGAACUGUUUAUGCAUUUACUUGACAUCAUUGAUACCAACAUGGGCCCAACUAUAGGAUCGUGUUCCGUUCCGCCAAUCAUUAAACUGACAGCCUGCAUUAGGUUCUUUGGAGAAGGAAGCUAUCAAAAAGGUGUUGGAAACGACCUGUUUGCAGGAAUUGCGCAACCAACGAUGUCGAGAAUAUUGGCAGAAGUACUUGACAUCCUUGAGAUGAAAGUUUGCCCUUUAGAAAUCAAAUUUCCUGCAGAAGAAGCUGAAAAACUACGAAUCAAAAGGGGUUUCUUUGAAAAAACAGGAUUUCCAGGUGUCAUUGGAUGUGUGGAUGGGACGCACGUCAAAAUUAUUAAACCCAAAGCAGAAGUGCAGCACUCAUACUACAACCGAAAAGGCUUUCAUAGCCUCAAUGUAAUGCUGCUCUGUGACCAUCAACAGAUGAUCCGAUACGUUGAUGCUAGUAGGUCUGGUUCAACACACGACUCUCUUGUUUGGAAUUUAAGUGGACUCAGCACAGCUAUGGAAAUUAACUAUCGACGCGGUGAACGAAAUACGUGGAUUGUGGAUGCCUUGUCAAAUCGUCCACUUGCGAGCGAGUUUAUCUGCGAAGACAAAUUUGAACUUAUUCGGAGAAUCCUCGUUACCUUUAUCAAUGUAAUAUUUUUGGCCUGGGAUUUGCGCAAAUGCACAGGGCAGAUGCGUACCAGAGCUGGCAAUAUGGAAACCCUGGAACCCUCCACCACAGUCACGUAUCUGCAGCCAGCAAACGUCGGUCGUCUCGGCCUUGUAUAUGAGAGUAGUGAAGAGGUUAUACCAGCUGCAAUGAAUGACAAAUAUGUUUACAUCACAAAGCAUCAAGGCGUCGGUCCCUGCUCCACCCUUAGCCGUUUGCCGGGUAAUCCGGGUUCCGGCCCAUCUGGACUUUUUCAAGCGCUCUCUUGUUAG